CAUAUAUAAACAUACCCCAUCCAAAUUAGCCUAAACAAGGAUGAAACCCAACCAAUAUUAUUAUCCACUCAUUCACACCACAAAACCAUCAACCUUUAACAUGCAUUUACUCCAAAAUGGCAACUUCUCAUAUCAUAGUCUCCAUUAAAACCCUUAUAAAUGCCAUUAAUUACUGUAUAUAAUAUAUAUAUAUAUCUUUCUCUCUCUUUAGAACUUGAUAGCAAAGCGUUUCAAAAGGGAAUGCAUGAAAACAUCACCAAGUGUAUAGCCUAUAUAUAGACAUUCUCUGCCACGUGUCAUAAAUCCACCCAUUCCCUGCAUGAUCCCUCCACGUUGAUAUAUAUCCAAACACCUCCAAAGAACCAGAAGAAGAAGAGGAAAUCAUCAAUGGCUAAGCUAUCCUGCAGAGCAUCAGACAGGCUUCUCCUAGCUAUCAACUACGCGUUGCUCAUCGGCGGCUCAGUCUCCUCCACCAUGCUCACCCGCUUCUACUUCAUUCAUGGCGGCUCAAGCAGGUGGCUCACCACCAUAGUCCAAUCCUCAGCCUUCCCCCUUCUUCUCAUCCCCAUCAUCAUCUCCUCCACCACCACCUCCACUCCCAUCUUCUCCAACUUCACUCCCAAACUCCUCCUUCUCUGCCUCGCCAUUGGCCUGCUCAAUGGUGUAAACAACUUGCUCAUCUCUUGGGGCAUCUCUUACCUCCCUGUUUCCACUUCAUCCUUGAUUCUCUCAUCUCAACUCGCCUUCACUCUAAUCUUAUCUGCUCUUCUUGUUCACCAACCCAUCACUUUUGUAAACCUCAACUGUGUGAUUCUCCUGACGCUAAGUUCAGUUCUACUGGCCAUUGGAUCGGAGGACGGUGACCGGAAGGAUGGCAUAACAAAGUUGCAGUAUUUCUUAGGGUUUAUUGCGACGGUGGGUGCAGCACUAUUGUUUUCUUUAUACUUGCCUUUAGUGCAGUUGGUAUACAAGAGGUUGAGUAAGUACAAGAUGGUGAUGGAGAUGCAGGUAAUAAUGCAAGGGGCGGCAACAGGGUUGGCUUUGGUGGGGAUGGUGGCCGGAGGAGGAGUGGAGGAGGUGAGGAAGGAGGGGAAAGGAGAAGGAGAGUUUGAGUAUGGUGGAGAGGUUUAUUGGGGGGUGGUGGUGGUGGUGACAGGGGUUUGUUGGCAAAUGUGCUUCAUGGGGACAGCGGGGUUGGUGUUCUUGACGUCGUCGUUGAACUGUGGGAUUUGCAUGACGGCGACGUUGGUGGUGAAUGUGGUUGGGGGUGUUGUGGUUUUUGGAGAUGGGUUUGGGGGAGUGAAGGGAGUGUCUUGUGUGUUGUGUUUGUGGGGGUUUUGUUCUUAUUUUUAUGGGGAGUAUAGGAAGAAGAAGGAGGAGGAGAUGGAG